CUCACCUGUGACGACAGAAAACACAGCUUUUGGGCUUUUGCACAACCUUGACUUUACGAUAUAGCCUUUUGCCCACUAUUUUGAAAACAUUUCUUAUUUUCCAAUUGAAAAUAAUUAUAAGAGCAAAUGAAUAAUUUAGCAAAAUCAGCAAACGUAUCCAAGUCCUGGUUAAAAACUAAUCCAAUUCUAUUCGCUGCUAUAAGAAAUCAUUGGAACAAGGACUACAAACCAGCAGCAUAUCCACGAACAGAAAAUGAAAGAAUAGCUGCUGCUGAAAAAUAUCAACUACAACCUGAGGAAUACCAACCAUAUCCAGAUGAUGGAUCAGGAAGGGGAGACUAUCCCAAUUUACCUGCUAUUUCUGGGGAUUCCAAGGAUCCCUUUUACCCUUGGGACCAUCCUGAAUUGAAAAGGAAUUUCAAUGAACCUAUGCACGCUGAUUUUGGUUUGAUAAGGGAAGACAGAUAUGAUGUCAAUGCAAAGUUGAAAAGGCCCUUGUGGUUCUAUUGGGCUCAACACUUAGGAACAAUGAUUGGUUUAUAUUGUAUAUACUCUUUAUUUGAGAAUGUUAAAAUGUUUCAUGCUCUAGUUCCAAAACAGUUUCCAAAUCAAGGAAAGACCCAUUAUACUUUUGAAAGAGAAUAAUCUACAAUUUAAAUAAAUAUAUAUUUCAAGAAAUGUACCCAUCUUGGUAAAAUAUAUACUUAGAUUGAAAUGAAAAUUGAAAAAGAAACAAGAGUAUGUCUAAUAAUCAAUUCAUUUACAAAUUUAGAGCAAUAUAAUUGCCAACACUAGUGAGCAAGUCUUUGUGAUAUACUCACUAUAUAGUAUAGAUAUAAAUACUCACUUUAGUCUAUUCUGUUUUGCUUUG